UAAUGGCGGAGGUUGUGUUUUUUAUUUAUACCAUUAAUUAAAUCCGGUAAUGUUUUUUUCUUAAAUGAUUGAUUCCGUUCGUGUAGUUUAAUUUGAUUGGCUAAGCCUCGCUUUACUUCGUUAUUGACUUUUAAAUAAUGAAAUAGUGAGGAUUUUAUUGAGGAUGGAGAUUGUGUACGUUGUGGUAUCGAUAGACUUAUUGAAUUAGUGUGUCUGAGCGGAGAGUCGCUCGCCGGCGUCGGAGCCGAGAGGGUGGCGGCGACAACACGAGAUGGGGGCUCAGCAGGCGAAGGAGCGUGGCACGUCCAGCGGUGCGUCCAUGCGCUCGGCGAGAAACAAGCCACGGGUGCCGAAAGACCCCCGCAUGCUUGGCUCGAACAUAUUCACUGAACACAGCGAAGCCCUCCUGCAGAGUCGGCCACUGCCUCAUAUCCCGGAUUUGCCUGACGGAGAAGGCGCCUCCGCCGCGCCUGCCACACCGCAACCGCUCGAUAGCGCUAACAGGUGGACUUCGAAAGAAAACCUAUUAGCGCACCACGAGGAAGAUGACCCCCAACUAUUCGUUGCUCUCUACGAUUUCCAAGCAGGCGGCGAAAACCAACUCAGCCUCAAAAAAGGAGAGCAAGUGCGUAUAAUGAGCUACAAUAAAAGCGGCGAGUGGUGCGAGGCGCAUACACUUUCCGGUGGCGUUGGAUGGGUGCCAAGCAACUACGUAACCCCGGUUAACUCCCUGGAAAAACAUUCGUGGUACCACGGACCUAUAUCGCGCAACGCCGCCGAGUAUCUGCUCUCAUCGGGGAUUAAUGGCAGUUUCCUCGUACGUGAGUCCGAGUCUAGUCCUGGCCAAAGAAGUAUAUCAUUGCGAUACGAAGGUCGCGUCUACCAUUACCGCAUUAAUGAGGACUCUGACGGCAAGGUGUACGUCACAUCCGAGUCCAAGUUUGGUACACUAGCCGAGUUAGUGCACCACCAUUCAGUGCUUGGCGACGGGCUUAUCACUCAGCUCCUUUAUCCGGCGCCGAAGCGUAACAAGCCCACUGUGUUUCCGCUCGCACCGCCCGACGAGUGGGAGAUCGAUCGCACCGACAUUGUGAUGAAGCACAAGCUCGGUGGAGGCCAGUAUGGGGACGUGUACGAGGCAGCUUGGAAGAGGUGCAAUAUGACUGUGGCGGUAAAAACUCUCAAAGAUGACACGAUGGCCCUGAAAGACUUCCUCGAGGAGGCGGCUAUCAUGAAAGAGAUGCGUCACCCCAACCUCGUGCAGCUGUUGGGUGUGUGCACCCGCGAGCCUCCAUUCUACAUCAUCACGGAGUUCAUGAGCCGCGGCAACCUGCUUGACUACUUGAGGACUGGAAACCGCGAGCACAUCGAUGCGGUAGUUCUCAUGUACAUGGCCACGCAAAUUGCAUCCGGCAUGAGCUAUUUGGAGAGCCGCUCCUUCAUACACAGAGAUCUAGCAGCCCGGAACUGCUUGGUCGGCGAAAACCAUCUCGUCAAAGUGGCCGAUUUUGGUCUGGCACGUCUCAUGCGCGAUGAUACCUACACUGCGCACGCUGGUGCCAAGUUCCCCAUAAAAUGGACUGCCCCUGAGGGCCUCGCGUACAACACGUUCAGCACCAAGUCCGAUGUAUGGGCCUUCGGUAUCCUUCUCUGGGAGAUUGCCACAUACGGCAUGUCGCCCUACCCCGGCGUUGACCUGGCUGAUGUCUACCACAAGCUUGAAAAGGGCUACCGCAUGGAAUGCCCGCCCGGUUGCCCGGCUGCAGUCUACGAGCUGAUGCGAGGCUGCUGGCAAUGGAGCCCUGCCGAACGCCCUUCGUUUCGCGAAAUACAUCACGCACUCGAGCAUAUGUUUCAGGACAACUCGAUCACUGAAGAGGUAGAAAAGCAACUCCAGGAAGGCGUGUGCGCAGGCACGCCGCAGAUGUCGAUCAAGAAGGUGGGCAUGGGCGCGUCCGCCGCCAUGGUGGGCGACCGCGGGGUGCAGAUGCGCAGGCCCACCAACCGCCGCGGGAAGCAAGCACCCACUCCGCCCAAGCGAACUAGCCUACUAUCCUCGUGCAGUUCGUUCCGCGAAUCGCAAUACGCGGCGGAGGAGCAAGGCAGCCACGACGACGGGCUCGCCUCGCUCAAUGGCGGGGGCCGGGGGGGAACGCGCGAGGCUUCUUCCGAGGGUUCGCUGGCGGAAGGGACGCCGGAUACGGACGAGUCGGGUGCAGGUAUGGGCGUUAUGGAGCACCGACAUCGCUCAAAACGGAGGCAUCAUGGCCACGGGCAAGCUUUGCAUCAGCACCCGCCCGUACACGACAUUGCACCUAAGCCAGGCACCCAAGUUGCGGCGCUCGAGGUGCAGAAUGUCAAGCGUGCUAUAAACCGAUACGGAACACUACCAAAAGUAGCACGGAUAGGCGCGUACCUAGAAUCACUGCGACAGAGCGGCGGGGCCGGUAGCAAUCAGCAAUGCACCGGCGUCCCUCGAGAGCCGCCUCUACAGGACGAAGCACGAUCCUUGUCCCCUAGAACAGCUAGAGCCCAACCGCACAUGAUUCGUUCCAACUCGUCUGGAGGCGUAACAGCACCCGCCCCCGCUUCGCCCCGCGCCCAUCGAGCAGCGCCUCCUAUGCGCUCUUUCACCAAUAGCCCCGCUAAACCGAGGCCAAGACCUAGGCUGGCGGAACUCGAGUUCCCCCCUCCGCCGCCUGAUCUGCCGCCUCCCCCGGAAGACACUGCACAACCUCCCCCUCCCCCGCCGCCGCCUGACUGUUGUCGCGACGCCGGGACGGACACUGCAGACAGGCUCGAAGACAGCCGCAUUCUUUUACGCGAACGUUCUGAAAUAGAGGACAAACCAGCCAAACAGAUAAUGAAAGAAAUGCUGGAACUAAAACUGGUGGCUGAAAUUAAGGAGCUAGCCGACAAGAAAAAACACCGAUUAAAAGAAUCGCCGCCACCCAACGACCUCCUUGAGAUGCAUACGUCAUUCGGUGACCCUGUUACGCGCCUUGUAUCUGAACUCUCUGAGAGUCUUAAUAUGGAAGCGCUGCGUAAAUCUGAUAAGAAGGUAGAGACUCCCAAACCGAUCGAUAAUGGCAAGGAUUCUAUUUCGCCAAUCGAUCUCAAAGCUAGCCUCAGGAAGACAUCGUACGGCAACAGUGUGGAAAAACGGUCUGAGCCUGAAGCAAAGGCGAACACAAAUUAUAAAUCUCAGCUCAAGAAAGUUGACACAAAUAAAAUCAAUAGUAUCACUAAGGAUGCAGAGGAGCCAGGUCGCUCAAUCAUUGAUUUCAAAUCUCGCCUGCGAAAAGUAGAUGGUGGAAAUUCAGCAACAAAUGGAACCGCGAAGAAAAUGGAACAGUGUUCUCCAGAGGAUUCUAGAAAAGACUUGUCCAACAGGAGCGACGACUUUGAUAAGAAACGUUACGACAGUGGAAUACAGGAUAUAAGCGGAGCCGACGAAGAAGACAAAAGACGAAGUACCGGCAGCAUUAGUAGUUUGAAGAAGCUGUGGGAGAGUAAAGAAACUGAUGAGCGAUUGAGUCCAAAAAUGCGACCGAGAGGGGAAGAGAGUGAGGAGGGUUCGCCGGAAGAGAAGAGUACAGGCGCCCUCGGUAGAAGUGGAAGCAUUCAAGCCCGCCGCGGGGAAGACAAACCCGCAGUUGCCAGCAAACCGGCAAUGAGAGGGCGCCCUCUCGGCAAGAGUGGUAUAUACGCUACACCCCUUGCACCCCCCACCUCUUCCGACGAAGAUGGAGAUGCCCUUGCCCCUCUACGAGCCUCCCUGGAAUGGUGCACGAAUGAGGUGCGACGCGGUUGUGGUAGCGGCGGCGGCCGUGGUUCUUUGUGGCGCCUACAAACAUCCGAGCGGCUGGCAAGACUGGGCGGUGCGUGCGCGACCGCAGCCGCAGCUAGCCGGUGCGCACCGCAGCUACGCGUGCAAUUACGUGCGGCCGCCGCACGGUUGGAGGCAGAAGCGCGUGCGCUCGCUUCGCCCGCACCUCAUCAUCAUCAUCUAGCAGAUGGCGUAGAACAGGCGCUUCGGGAUCUCGCUACCAUCGUGCAUAGGUAAAAAGGGACGCAAGCGCCACCACUCGAUCCAGGUCUUACUCGUCGAUGUCUGGGCUACGGAACGAUUUUUAGCCAGGCCCUCUUACAGCUAUUCUCAGAUCAAGACAUAUUGAGAAUACCACUGUUGAGACGAGCAUCUUAACUCCUUACAUGACGAGCGUUUCCACCUCGUUGCCGCUCGCAUCGGAUAAUGUGAAAACGCUUUAUCACGAACUAUCCGAGUAUAUCUCAAUUUCAACAUCACAUAUUAUGCCCUUGCUUCAUCCACUGGACAGUAUACACAACUACUACUUCGUUUAUGUAUUCAUACACAACAUUCAUGAAUUCUCUCCAAAAUGGCUAGGCACUUUAUGCAGCGGGUAACGAUUUGUUCAUAGAGUUUUGCAUAGAUCGGGACUUUAAAUAUAUAUAUUAUGUACGUACAAACUAGGAUAUAAAACAACAGACGGUUUUCUAUGACCUCGUUCGCGAUUAAAUUUUCUUACACUUCUCCAGAGUCAAACUCGCCGGAGGGACUUUGUAUGUAAUCAUUAAUCCAUUUUUAUAUACUAAAAAAAGUUUGCAUGUAAAAUAUUUUUGGUCUUAUUAUAAAAAAAAAUGUAGUGAGUUAAUCUUAAAAAAGUUGAGGACUUUUUUUGACAAUGUUUUCAUAUAAGGAUAAUGGUUUAGGCAGCUUUCCCCAAUAAAACUCAGAAAGCUGGAGUUUAGCCGAUUAAGUCUGUAUCCGCAAAUCCGAGAAACUAUUCGAGAUAUGUAUGCAGUUU